UGCAAACGUUCUGACUACGUUUUGUUGUCAUCAUAGCGGUUCAAAGUAAAGAAAUGAGAAAUUUCUCUUUCCAUCUCUUAUCAUGAAAACUGAGCCAACAAUAGCAAACUAUCAUAGGUGACAUCGCAUACAAGCUACAAUCUUUGAAUGGUGGCUAGAACAAGCUUUGUGACCCAAAGGUACAUACUUCUUGUAGAAGUUUGUUAGUGACAAGCAGUCACCAUGGUGAAGGAACAGUUUCGGGAGGCAGAUUUGGCGAGAAGAAUAAGCCAUGUUUGUUUCGGGAUGAUGUCGGAUGAGGAGAUGAGACAACAGUCCCACAUCCACGUGGUCAGCAAAAACCUGUACAACCAGGACAGCAGACAGGUCCCUGUACCGUACGGGGUACUGGAUAAUCACAUGGGCACCAGCACCAAAGACAAGUCGUGUGAGACUUGUGGAAAGAACCUUGCAGAGUGUGUGGGACAUUACGGCUAUGUAGACCUGGAACUGCCUGUCUUCCAUGUGGGAUACUUCAAAUCCAUCAUACAUGUGCUGCAGUGUAUCUGUAAGAGCUGCAGCCGAGUUCUGCUGGGUAAAGAUGACAGAAAGACGUUCACAGACACCCUGAGACGGCCCAACCUCAGCUACCUGCAGAGGAAGGGACUCAAGAAGAAAAUCAACGAGAAGUGUCGAAAAGUCUCCUACUGUUCUCAUUGUGGAGCUCUCAAUGGUCCAGUGAAGAAGUGUGGCCUUUUGAAGAUCGUCCACGAGCGUUACAAGAGCACGAAGAAGGUCGUUGACCCGGUGGUGACAGAUUUCCAGUCGUCGUUCCAGAGCGCCGUGGAACACAACAAGGAGAUCGAGGGUCUGAUCCCGCGGGCACAGGAGAACCUGAACCCCAUGGUGGCUCUGCACAUGUUCAGCAGGAUCCCGCAUCAGGACCUUCCGUUCCUGAUCAUGGACGCUGAACACGGCCGUCCCCAGGACAUGAUUCUGACUCGACUGCUGGUCCCUCCACUCUGUAUCAGGCCUUCUGUGUCCACUGAACUCAAGGCUGGCACGAAUGAAGAUGAUGUCACCAUGAAGCUGACAGAAAUCCUGUUCCUGAACGAUGUCAUUCAGAAACACAGGGCAACAGGAGCACGAGCUCAGAUGAUCAUGGAAGACUGGGACUUUCUGCAGCUUCAAUGUGCUCUGUACAUCAACAGUGAACAGGGAGGCAUUCCCCUCAACAUGCAGCCAAAGAAACCGACCCGUGGGUUUUGCCAAAGACUGAAGGGGAAACAGGGUCGAUUCCGGGGAAACCUGUCGGGAAAACGCGUGGACUACUCCAGCAGAACUGUCAUCUCUCCUGACCCCAACCUCAGGAUAGACCAGGUUGCCGUGCCGAUCCACGUUGCUAAGAUCCUGACGUACCCAGAGAAGGUAAACAAGGCAAACAUCCAGCUGAUGAGACGCCUGAUCGUGAACGGCUGCGACACACACCCGGGCGCCAACUUUGUGGAGUCACGGGCCACGGGGGUCAAAAGAUUCCUCAAGUAUGGCAACAGGCAAAAGAUAGCACAGGAACUAAAGUAUGGUGAUAUUGUAGAGAGGCACCUGUUAGACAAGGAUGUGGUCCUGUUCAACCGACAACCCUCUCUACACAAGCUCAGCAUCAUGGCACAUUAUGCCAAGGUCAUGCCACACAGAACGUUCAGGUUUAACGAGUGCGUGUGUACGCCGUAUAACGCUGACUUUGACGGGGACGAAAUGAACCUCCAUCUCCCACAGACUGAGGAAGCAAAGGCAGAGGCUCUCAUACUCAUGGGGGUGAAGUCUAACCUGGUGACCCCGCGGAACGGAGAGCCGCUGAUCGCGGCCAUUCAGGACUUCAUCACGGGCUCGUACCUCCUGACUCAGAAGGACACCAUGUUCGACCGCGCCAAGGCCUGUCAGAUCAUCGCAUCCAUGUUGUCUGGUGGAGACAGGGCGGAGAGGAUAGACCUCCCUCCUCCUGCCAUCAUCAAACCCAUGUGCCUGUGGACAGGGAAGCAGAUCUUCAGUCUCAUCCUCAAACCCAACAAGACGUCUCCCAUCAGGUGUAACCUCAAGGCCAAGACCAAGUCUUAUACCAAGGGAGAAGAUCUCAGCACUAAUGACUCCUUUGUGAUAAUCCAGUCAGGAGAGUUGCUGUGUGGAGCCAUGGAUAAAGCCAUGCUGGGGUCCGGCUCUAAAAACAACAUCUUCUACAUACUACUCAGAGACUAUGGGGAGGAGGCUGCUGCUACAGCGAUGAGUCGACUUGCCCGGAUCUGUCCGUUCUUCCUCAGUAACCGCGGCUUCUCCAUCGGCAUCGGAGACGUCACCCCGGGCGACGGGCUUCUCUCCGCCAAGAAGAACCUUCUGGACACGGGCUACGGGAACUGUGACGCCUUCAUCCGCGAACUAGAGGAGGGAAAACUACAGAGUCAGCCGGGCUGUACUCCGGAGCAAACACUGGAGGCUGUUAUACUGAAGGAGCUGUCUGUUAUCCGAGACCAUGCAGGGAAGGCCUGUCUGACUGAGCUGCACAAGAGCAACAGCCCGCUCACCAUGGCUGUGUGUGGGUCAAAAGGAUCAUUCAUCAACAUCUCCCAGAUGAUUGCGUGUGUGGGACAGCAGGCCAUCUCAGGACAGAGAGUUCCUAAUGGGUUUGAGGACCGGGCACUCCCUCACUUCAAACGUUACUCCAAAGAACCAGAAGCCAAGGGUUUUGUAGAGAACAGUUUCUACUCAGGCCUGACUCCUACUGAGUUCUUCUUCCACACCAUGGGGGGGAGGGAAGGUCUGGUGGACACCGCCGUCAAAACCGCUGAGACGGGGUACAUGCAGAGGAGACUGGUCAAGUCUCUGGAGGACCUGUGUUCGCACUAUGACUUGAUGGUGAGAAACUCCAUGGGAGAGAUUAUACAGUUCAUGUACGGGGGAGACGGGCUGGACCCUGCUGCUAUGGAAGGGAAGGACACACCUGUGGACUUCCAACGGGUCCUGGACCACAUCAGGGCAGUUCACAGGUGCGAAGGGGAACCGGUUUUAACCGGUCCAGAGCUGGUCCAGACGACAGCUGAGAUGGUGGACAAGGCGGAGUUUAUGAGUGUCAGCGAAGAGUACAGGAAAGAAAUCAAUAAGCAUUUCUGCAAGGCCAUCAAGGAUUUUGUAGCUGAAAUUGCCAAAAGGGUGGAGGCAACACAUGAGAAAUACCAGGUCACAACAGGCCCAGCUAGUGUUUCCCAGCCUCCUGUACUACUACAGUUAGAGAGGAUCACUCCCACACAGCUGACACAGUUCCUGGUCAUGGUCAGGGACAAGUAUCUCAGGGCCAAGAUAGAACCAGGAACUGCAGUAGGUGCUGUGUGUGCCCAGAGUAUAGGAGAACCUGGAACACAGAUGACUCUCAAAACCUUCCAUUUCGCUGGAGUCGCCUCCAUGAAUAUCACCCUGGGAGUGCCCAGGAUCAAGGAGAUCAUCAAUGCAUCUAAGAACAUCAGUACCCCGAUCAUCACAGCUCAGCUUCAGGACCACUCUAGCCCAGAGUUCGCUCGCAGGGUCAAGGGGCGCAUUGAGAAGUCACUACUGGGGGAGGUAACAGAGUACAUGGAGGAGGUCUAUCUACCAGAUGACUGCUUCUUACUUGUCAAACUGCAUAUGGACAGAAUAAAACUACUGAAGCUGGAGGUAUCAGCCGACACCAUACGUUACUCCAUCUGUACAUCCAAGCUACGAAUCAAACCUGGGAACAUAGCUGUACAUGGUGAGUCCAUCCUGUGUGUAACUCCCAGUGAAACGGCCCAGAGCUCCAUGUACUACAACAUGCAGAAACUCAAGGAAAGCCUGCCCAAAGUCGUCAUCAAGGGAGUAGACUCGGUGUCUCGAGCAGUGAUCCACCUGGAUGAGAAGGGAGGACAGCAGCAGUACAAACUGUUGGUGGAGGGAGACAACCUGAGGGCAGUCAUCGCUACUCCAGGUGUAAAGGGAACCCAGACAACAUCCAACAACACCUUUGAUGUGGAGAAAACUCUGGGCAUUGAGGCAGCGAGGGUGACGAUUAUGAAUGAGAUCACGUACACCAUGUCCAGUCAUGGCAUGAGUAUAGACAUCAGACAUGUCAUGCUGCUGGCAGACCUCAUGACUUACAAGGGAGAAGUUCUGGGAAUCACAAGAUUCGGGCUGGCAAAGAUGAAGGAAAGCGUGCUGAUGCUGGCUUCAUUUGAGAAGACAGCUGACCACUUGUUCGAUGCGUCGUACCAUGGACAGGAAGAUGCCAUCUGUGGUGUGAGCGAGUGCAUCAUCCUGGGGAUACCCAUGAACAUUGGCACUGGGCUCUUCAAACUGCUACACAAAGCGGAGAAAGACGCAGCCCCAGCCAGUAGGAAACUGUUGUUCGACAUGCCAAAUUUCCAUGUGCAAGGUGUUUCGUAGGAACAUCUUUGUCAACAACUUGCCAAGCUAUACCUGGACACAUGAACACCAUGAUAGUUAUUGUACUAUUUCAUGCCUGUCUCACAGAGG